GGAGAGUAAAUCAGUUGUGAGCUACUGGGGCUUACAAACCAAGUGAGACUAAGGAACUGCCUUUUGGAAAGCAUUCCUGUUUCAGUUUGCACUGUCGAAGCCCGCCCGAUCCAUAGCGGCAGACCAGACCUGAACUGCUUCUCACCCAGCCACUCACCUACAGUACCUGGCCGCAACCUGAGCUUGCUUGAAUUCCCCGAGCCAUCGCGGCUUUCUGCGGCACUGCGAGCAAGCUGGAUUCUCGGAGCUCUUCACCAUGCCUGGCUGGUUUUAGAUACUCCAUGGAGCAGCCCAAUUUCUACGAGGUCGACCCUCGGCCCCUGAUGAGCAGCAUUCCCCCGAACCAGCAAAGUGCCUUCUGCUACAAAGAGCCUCCAGCGGCCGGAGACAUCAGCGAGAUCUGCGAGAACGAGAACUCCAUAGACAUCAGUGCCUACAUCGACCCCGCGGCCUUUAACGACGAGUUUCUGGCUGAUUUAUUCCACAACAGUGCGAAGCAAGACAAAGCCAAGCUGGCUAGCGGCGAGUUCGGCUACGCCAGCGGCGGCCACGGCGGCCCCGUGACCCACCCGCAGGUCUACGGCUGCAUGUCGAACUACAUGGACACGGCAAAGCUGGACCCCAUCUACGACCACCCUUCCGCCACGAGAAUCCGACCUGUGGCGAUCAAGCAAGAGCCCAGGGAGGACGAAGACACUAGCCAGUCUGCCAUGCCGCCGACCUACCAUCACCCCCAGCACCACCCCCACUCCCACCCCCAGCACCUCUCGCAUCUCCAGUACCAGAUCGCGCACUGCGCCCAGACCACCAUGCACCUGCAGCCCGGCCACCCGACGCCCCCCCCGACCCCGGUACCCAGCCCGCACCACCAGCAGAACAGCCUCCCGGGGGGCUCCAUGAAGAUGAUGGGCGGCGGAGACCGGAGCAAAGCCAAGAAGCACGUCGACAAGAACAGCACGGAGUACCGCCUUCGGAGAGAGCGCAAUAACAUAGCGGUCAGGAAAAGCAGGGACAAGGCGAAGAUGCGCAAUGUAGAAACCCAGCAGAAGGUGAUCGAGUUGUCAACCGACAACGAAAGACUGCGAAAGAGGGUGGAGCACCUCACCAGAGAGUUGGAGACAUUAAGGGGCAUCUUCAGGCAACUCCCCGAUGGCUCCUUGGUCAAGGCUAUGGGCAACUGUGCGUAAAAAGGAACUCGGAACUUUGCAGGACUCUUCACUGGUAUGAUUUCUGCUGGGUCUUAUAGCCACAGAUGUGACAGAUUCUCGAACCUUUAUUUUUUUAAGGAGCCAGGCAGCUGAGGUAUACAUGUAUGUGCCUUUUGUACAAAACGAUAAGCUCAUUUUUUCCCACACUUUUAAGUGUUAUCAGUGGAGGUUUUAAAUGUUUUCGUGCCUUAAAUGUAAGAAAGCGCCCGCCAGUGUGUUUGUUAGCUAAGCAAAAACAUAUCAGUGCAGCUAAGGUAGGCUACAAUUGUAAUUUUUAAUCUUUGUUCAUGUUUUAAAACUUCAGAUCUCCUCAUAAUGCCUAUUUUUGUCAAAAUACCAUAUGCGCUGUGCCUUAAGAAAACUAUUUAAAAAAUAAUAUGCGCACGAUAUUUCUAAAUAUGCUGUUUUUGUGCUUGUCAACACCAAUAUUAAGUACUUAAGCUUUAAGGAAUUUCUUGACGUGCGCAAAAAGUUGAAAAUCUUUUGCUUUUUCACACCUGUCCGAAAACAGCAUAUUUAAAUUUUGAGUACAUUUGCCUUAAACGUUUCAGUCAAGGUCUAAGAAUUAACUUUUUAUUUUCAUGCGCGGUGGAAGGGGAAAGAACGACUGAAUUAUGAGACGCCAAAGUAAAGGACUGGAACGCAAGUGCUAUAAUCUUGUUUCUGUUUCUGCUUCAUAUAAGCAGGUUGUCAAUGCACUAUACUGUAUGUCGUCAGAAUACGAGUAAAUGAAGCACAUUGUGUUUUCGAAAUGGCAAUAGACUCGGGUGUAGUUCUAUUAAACGUCUCUCAAUGUAUGCUUUUGGAUUUUAGCCUUACAUUUAUACUGUACAAUUCAGAAUGUGAAAGAAUGCCUUACACAGUGUCUGUUGCCAUCUACAUGAUUCCAUAUAAAUAUCACUUUGGUGUGCUUUCUCACUGAUUUUGCAGUGAAAUACUGUUCUCUAGAAAUCCGCUCGAUGAUGUUGGUUUCUGCGCACUGUUUCGUUCUCUCGAGCAGAAGCCCGGAUUAAGUGCCUUCUCCACCUUUCUUUUUCUUCACGAUAUCACUGGUCGAAAGUUUUGGAAAUAAAAGUAAAGCAAGCACUUUUUACAAAUGACAUUUUGCCGUGUAAUACAAAUAUUUUAAGUACGUUUAAAUUGUAAAAUAAAAAUAUACAUGAUAUAUGCCAAAAAUUAUUGAAAAAUA